AUGGCUGAUGUGGAAGAGUGUCGAUAUGGGGACGUUUUCGGCCCGGAUAAGGUACCUUUGCCCACUACCAACAACCACGGGUUGAACGUCGCAGCGACCGAGGACAGCCUUCGUCGCUUCCAUCAUCCAAACGCUCUCCACUCCAGCAUCAACUCGCGCAUAUCGGUGACGACCAUGGGCUUCACAACCGGUCUCACCGGCGGUGUGACUGCUACAUUAGGUCUCGCCUACCUUGCCAUUUACACCCACCAACGCAACCGAGAGUACCAAUCCGAGAUUCUCCGUUCUCAAACCCGCGUCCUCGACUCUCUUCUCGAGCCAGUAGUUCCCAUACCUCCCCCGAGAAGAGCAGAGAUCGAGGCAGCCCGCCGCGCCAACCUCGUCGACACCGCCAAGGACCGCUGGAACUCCGAGGUGGCCAAUGCCGUGAACUGGGUCCAGCGCACCGACUGGACCGAGGUCCGCGAGGGGCUCGAGGAAGGCGUGGGAACGGCCUGGCGCACGGUAUUCGGAGGCGAGCCCUCGCAGCAAGCUGCGGCGGUCGUAGAACGCGUCGUCACGACCGGCGAAGAGGCGAAGGGAGCAUGGGAGCGCGCGCGGGAGAAGACCUUGGCUGCCGCCGAGGCCAGGGCUGCGGAGGCCAGGGUGGGGGCCGCGAAGAGGGUGGAGGAGCUUCAGAAGGCCGGCGAGCGGACGGCGACCGAGGUACGGGAGGCGGCUGCUGAAGCGGUUGACACCGGGAUAGAGAAGGGAGAGGCCCUGCUGAAUGGAGCCGCGGAGGCCAUGUCGGCACAGGUCAGCGGCGCUGCUGACCCUGCCUUGACUUCCGUUUCGCCAGUUGAGAAGGCACUACAGCAGCGAUAUGAGGCGAGACCCCGGGUGGAGAAGAAGAAUGUCCUCAGCGCGGCUUCCAUUGUCGGCGAGGGAGUUGGACGGCGCAUAUCUCAGUCGAGUGGGAUUUUUGGGUAUCCCCCAGUUUUCGGAUCUUGGUGUCUGGUCGCCACUGAGAACCCCAAGCUCAUCGACUCGACUCAUUUCUGUUCUUCUGCUUCCAAUUUAUGGCAAUCCCUCGCCAUCAAUAGCAUCACACGCAGCCUGAUCUUCGACCAAACUCACAACUUUCUCGAUGGGUAA